ACUCACCACAUUCAUCUAAAGCCGCCAAGAAAGGAAGAUGAAGUCAAAGAAAAGGCCAAUGAGAAACUGCCACUCUACACAAAACGACCAAACCCACCAAACAUAAAAGCCCCAUUCAUCUCCAUUCCAACAUUUCAAAAACCUUCAUUUCUUCCUUCUCUUUUCUCUAAACCUUAAAAUACCACAUUCAUUCUUACAUUUAAUCCCAAAAUUCACUUCACAAAUGAAGAAGAAAACCUGCACUGAGCUUCCCCCUGGCUUCAGAUUUCACCCAACUGAUGAAGAAUUGAUCAUGUUUUACCUUAGAAACCAAGCCACCUCCAAACCAUGCCCUGUUUCCAUAAUCCCUGAAGUUGAUAUCUACAAAUUUGAUCCUUGGGAUUUGCCUGAGAAGGCUGAUUCAGGUGAAAACGAAUGGUACUUCUUCAGCCCAAGAGAUCGAAAAUACCCGAACGGGGUUCGGCCUAAUCGCGCCGCAGUAUCGGGGUAUUGGAAGGCAACCGGAACAGAUAAGGCGAUUUACAGUGCAUCAAAGUAUGUUGGAGUAAAGAAAGCUUUGGUUUUUUACAAAGGGAAGCCACCAAAAGGUGUUAAAACUGAUUGGAUUAUGCAUGAGUAUCGUCUGAUUGAAUCAAAUAAACAAUCAAUGAAACAAUCAGGCUCCAUGAGAUUGGAUGAUUGGGUGUUGUGUAGAAUAUACAAGAAGAGACAUUCAAACAAAGGGUUAUUAGAGGAGAAAACAGAGGAAUUAGCCGCACAAAACGAUAUGGUAGAAGGGAAUGGACAAGGACAACAAAUGAUGAAAUUUCCAAGGACUUUUUCAAUAACACAUCUAUUGGAUUUGGAUUAUUUAGGCCCAAUUUCUCAGCUUUUCAAUGACAGUUCAAGUAUGAACCCAACGCUUGGGUUUCAAAACAACACUGCAGCAGCAGCUUUUACAAGUGUUGGGAAAAUAGAGGAAGGAGAAUUAAUGCCAUUAGAUUACUCAUCUUCUUCAACAGAUUUUCAAGUGAAUCACAGCAACAAUUUCUUUAAUCAACCCAUAUUUGUCAACAAUCCUACAAAUGAUUGGAAUGCCCAUGGCUUCAGCAGAUGAAAGAAGAAAGAAGAAUCAAAAUCAAACCCCUGAUAGAAAUUAGAUCCAAAUAUACUUUAGAAAAGAAGAAGAAAAAAAUUGUGAAUAUUGUUUGUUUAAAGUUAGAAGCUGAUGAUUAUCUUUACAGGAUGAAAUCAGGAAAAGUCAUAGUUUUCAAUAUAGAUUCAAUGUGCAGAGAUUCUGUGUAAUUAGUUGAUUGAUUUGCUACUUCAAAUAUCAGUCUCGUAGGCACAACAAAAAUUACUUGCAAGUGUUUUUUCAGUUUAACAAAUGGUAUUGAUAGGUGGACAAUAUAUAUUCAGUUGAAGUAUA